CUAUAAAUAGACGAUGAGCGCCAUUAUGUUCCGCAAUCAUUGUUGGCCGUUUGAGAGAGCGAUAGAGAGAAAGAAAUGGCGGCUGCUAUCCGUGGUGAUGCUCUAGCCCUUCCCAAGGUGCAAUGUCCAAGCCAUCCAGAUGCACUUUUGGUUGAAGAUUACCGAGCUGGAGAUAUGAUCUGCCCAGAAUGUGGACUGGUGGUUGGUGACAGAGUUAUUGAUGUUGGAUCAGAGUGGAGAACAUUUAGCAACGACAAAGCAGCGAAAGAUCCCUCUCGAGUUGGUGAUGCCCAAAACCCACUUCUAAAUGGGGGAGAUUUGAGUACAGUGAUCAGCAGGGGAACAGGUUCAGCAAGUUUUGAUGAGUUUGGCAACUCAAAGUACCAGAACCACAGGACUAUGAGCAGCUCUGACAGAGCGAUGUUAAAUGCAUUUAAGGAAAUCACCAACAUGUCGGACAGAAUAAACCUCCCCACAAAUAUCAUAGAUCGAACAAAUAACUUAUUUAAGCAAGUGUACGAGCAGAAGAGCCUGAAGGGAAGAAGUAAUGAUGCAAUUGCUUCUGCUUGCCUUUAUAUUGCCUGCAGACAAGAGGGUGUUCCGCGGACUUUUAAAGAAAUUUGUGCAGUCUCCAGAAUUUCUAAAAAAGAAAUUGGCCGAUGUUUCAAGCUGAUCCUGAAGGCACUUGAGACGAGCGUAGACUUGAUAACAACUGGAGACUUCAUGUCCAGAUUCUGCUCCAACCUGGGGUUGCCCAAGCAAGUGCAAAUGGGUGCUACCUAUAUUGCAAGAAAGGCUGUUGAGCUCGACCUGGUACCUGGCAGGAGCCCUAUCUCUGUUGCAGCGGCAGCCAUCUACAUGGCAUCACAGGCCUCUGCAGAGAAGAAGACUCAGAAAGAAAUCGGAGACACUGCAGGUGUUGCUGAUGUCACAAUCAGGCAGUCGUAUAGACUCAUCUAUCCUCGAGCUGCAGAUCUCUUUCCACCAGACUUUAAAUUUGACACCCCUGUUGAUAAACUUCCCCAGCUGUAAAUUGCUAUAUAAAUGGGAUAUUCCUUGGAUUGUAUUUAGCACUGACAUCAGCUCGCACUUUGGAUACAUUGUUAUUGUAGUCCUGAGAUUGAAAUGGUGUCUGAGCUCUGCAAAGGCAGCACAGGUCUGCUGGUCCCUGUUGUCCUGGAUAUCCCAGAAGGUGAGAAGUAACAGUCCAAGAAUGCACAGCACAGUUUGUCCAAGGAGGACCUGGAAAAGUAAGGAGACCAGUCUGUAAUCUAAGGUUAAGGGAACCCACAGGAUGGAUCUCUUCUGCAAGUUUGCAUCACCAGCACUCUGUUCCAUAAGGUGUCACAGAGCCCUGCAGGAGAGCAGUGGCUUUUUGUGCAUGAGGUGGUACUGCAACUGAUCGUUCAUCUGUGUCAAUUGAAGGGAUUACAUUGUGCAAUGGGGAGUAAUUUGCUGUAAUGACCCACAAAAAAGGAGUUUGAUUACUGACUGUGGUUUUUAGUUUUUGCCAUUUCACAAUUUUGAGACUGAAGUGGAGUUAGAACAGCCCUGCUUUCUUCAUGAUGCUACAAACAGAUACACUAAACCAUAACGGCAUUGAAAUCUAAACUAGCACGUUUACUGUCUAUUCAAUUAUACUUAAGGUGCUGUGCAGAAUUUAACGGGUUUACAAUAGCUUAAUAUAAUCUAAAACUAUUUUCAAUAGUGAGACUUAUCCAGUUUGUGAUGUUUGACAUCAGUAUAAUGGCUUUUAUAAAGGAGGCAGCUAUUGUUAAUCUUGUGAGUUCACACAAUUUCAAGUCUGUCUGUUUCUUGGAUCUCCCUGUAUUUUGUACAUUUGAUGUGAAAGCUUUAUUUUUUAUUUAUUUUUAAAAGGGGUUUGGUGUAUUUCUAAUGAGAUUUUAAAUACAUUUACAGUCAGAAUUGCAUGUUAAUUUACAAAUAAUAAUAAUUAAAAAAAAAAAAACAGUACAUCAGUUGGACAAGGAUUCAGCUGUAUUUUUUGUUUUAAACAGUGGGGAGAAAAGCAAAUUACCUUACACUGAAGCAAAUGUGAAGUAUGUACUGAAGAGUUGGCCAGAUCAGAAGUAGUAUUAACACUGAACAAAAAUAUAAACACAACAUACAAUAAUUUCAAAGAUUUUACUGGGUUACAGUUCAUAUAAGAAAUCAGUCAAUUAAAAUAAAUUCAUUACGCCCUAAUCUAUGGAUUUCACAUGACUGGGAAUACAGAUUUGCAGGCUAUGGAAGAACUGGGCCAUUUUCAGCUUCCUGGAAUUGUGUACAGAUCCUUACGACUUGGGGCCAUGCAUUAUCAUGCUGAAACAUGAGGUGAUUGUGGCGGAUGAAUGGCACGACAAUGGGGCUCAGGAUCACGUCACGGUAUCUCUGCUUUCAAAUUGCCAUCGAUAAAAUGCAAUUGUGUUCGUUGUCUGUAGCUUAUGCCUGCCCAUACCAUGACGACACCGCCACCAUAGGGCACUCUAUUCACAACGUUGACAUCAGCAAACCGCUAGCCCACACGAUGCCAUACAUGCUGUCUGCCAUCUGCCCAGUACAGUUGAAACCGGGAUCUGUGAAGAGCACACUUCUCCAGCGUGCCAGUGGCUUUCAAAGGUGAGAGUUUGCCCACUGAACUCGGUUAUGACGCCGAACUGCAGUCAGGCCAAGGAUGACAAGCAUGCAGAUGAGCUCCCUGAGAC